AUAUUGUAAGUUUGACCUUGUCGGUCCGGUUAACCUGCUUUGGGUUUUUGUGGUAUUCAACGGGUCAACGUAAUGUCUAUCCCUCCCCCACCACCUGCUCCGCAGAUUAAAUCUACCCGGCCACCGCCAAAACAGGCCUGCGACUCUUCAGGUCCGGCAUUUUUGGCUGAUAUUAGGGCCGGCCGAACUCUUAGAAAAGUUCCAGAUUCUGAAAAAAAGGACAGGAGUGCUCCUCUUGGGUCGAAACCAAAAGAUCAAAAUAAUGAAAGCAGUGCUUCAGGUCCACCAGCAUCUGUUAGUGGAAAUCUCCCACCUGUUGGUUUAUCAAAUAUUUUUGCCAAUGGUGUACCGAAAUUGAAAUCUGUUAGUUCAGCGGAUGCUGGGCGUAAUAUUACGAUGCAGAAUUUAUCCACAAAACCAUCUGGUUAUGGGCACGUGAAAAGUCCUGCACCGCCCCCUCCCCCUCCCCUAUCCCCACCUACCGCAGCGUCUGUAGCUCAGAAUAACUACUCGUCGUCAACUACUCCUCACACACUUUAUCAACAUUCGACUUCAACGACAAAUAAUAAUGCUACAGCCGUUCGUAAUGGAUCAUCAGUACCAGCACCGCCAGCAGCUCCUCCGCCCCCAACUCCUGCCAGACCGUCGAUCUCAAAGAGCAGUUCUAAUUCUUCGUCUCAUAAUAAUAAUAAUAGUUAUCCUAGGUACAGUUUUCAUAAAAAAUCAUUUGAAGAUAAUCAACCAACUUCACCUGUUGUUUCAAGUCCACCUGUACAAGUUAUAAUGCUUUCUUCAAUACCAGCAUCAUCAAUAUCGUCAGCAUCACCUUCAUCACAACCACCACGAGUAACUCCUCUUCAGUUAGGAAGUGCAGCUAAUGUACAUGAAAAUAAUAUUAAUGUUAUUAAUAGUAAUAAUACUGUUAAUCAUCUGAAUGGUACUACUACUAUACCUCCACCACCAUCUGGACGUUCUCCACGACGGAAACAAAGUAGUUCAAAUCGAUAUCAGCGCGCCGGUUCAACAAACGCAGAUGUAAAUGGUAUACCUGUUGGUCAGUCAACUAAAGUGAUACGUAUUUCAUCAAAUAUUAAUGGAAGUUUAACUGAUACACCAUGUGCACCAUCUUCUAUUGUAAAUCCAUACUUGCCUUCAUCUGUGUAUGAUAUGAACAAUUAUACAAUGAAUUCACGUGUACAUCCAACACCACCGCCUCCACCGCCACCGCUUCAACAACCAUCAUUAUCUUCAAUGGACAAUUACAAUGAUGAUAAUAAUAAUAUUGCUAGUCUUGUUCGUCAUUUUGAAAGUCGUUUUACUUUUCCUGAUAUUGGAAGUGUUCCCGUUCCAAAAUCAUAUCAUGGUCCUAAAACUUAUCGUGUUGGUAGUAUUAAUAGUAGUGUGAAUAACAGUAAUAACAUCAACGACAAUUACCGUAAUCAAGUGCCUUAUCGAGUGGCUCCUACAGCGCCAAGAAAUUACUAAAAACUCUUCUAUGAAUUGAAUAAAUUUUUAUGUGUUUUUUUUCAAAAAAAAUCUUUUAAAUUCGAUUGACAACAAAUAAAUGGCAAAAAUGUUUACUUGUAUUUGGUGUUUCCUUACUACUAAGAAUAGUAGUAUAUCUAUCUAUCUAUAUAUAUAUAUUGUGAUUCAUAAAAGAAAACAAUUCAUACAAAUAACAAAUUGUGAUUAAUCCUAAUUUCUCUUGACCAACUUCUCCCUUCUUUUUUGUACUGUUCGUUUUAUUUUCUUAAUUGAGGUUGUUUUUUUUCUGAGAGAGAGAGAGAGGGGGGAGGGGAGAGAGAUAAAUUGUUUCUACCCUUCUGCUUUUUCUUUUACAGUGCUACAUUUUUCAUGCUUUAAAACAGUAUUACUGGCAUCAAUACAUAUAUGUAUAUGUGCGGUACAUUUUGUGUAUCUUUCUUAUAUUAGUACCAGUAAUAAUAAUAAUAGUAUUAGUAGUAUUGACAGUUUUAAUAGUAUCAUCUUUCCAUUUAUUUACUAAUUCUAUAUCUUCAUCAAUUAGUUCAAGUUGUAUCUGUUUGAGAAAAAACAAACAAACAAACUGUAAACAGAAUAGUCUGUGAUCCAGAAGAGUAAUUCUUCAUUUAUUCAAGUAUAUUCUUCUCAUAUAUAUAUAUACAUGUACGCCAUAUAUAGAUAGAUAGAUAGAUGUAUGUAAUACUUGACAUAAUGAGAACGUCUUCCAGUCUACUCCAUCAGAAACUUGUCAUACAAUCUGUGUUUCUAUUGUUGUUUUUGGCUAUUUCCCACAUUGUUGACUUUUUUUUCUUUCUUCUUUUUAUAAAAAAAAAAACUUCUUGCUUUAUAUUUCUUAUUGCUACUAUUAUUUUAUUACGUAAUAUGUAUUUGUUUAAUGUAAUAUUUAUGGAACAAAAGUUACAACUGACUGUCAGUGUUGUGUUCAUAAGGAUGAGUAUCCAAAAGAGCACAAUGAUUCUAUAAGAAAUAAUAAUAAUAAUAAUAUUUACUUUCUUGUUU